UAUGGGGGUAUCAAGCCUACGAUAGCUUACAUAUUGUAUUUGAUUAACAUCAAAGGCAUACGACACUUGUUGAUCUGUAACGUAACCCCUUCCUCGGGAUGAGGAGUCCCAGGAGCAGGCCGCUCCAUGUAUAGGAGGACAGCUCUGUCCUUUAGCUCAGCGCUCUGGACCGACGCUCGACGCACGAGGCGGCUCAACCAGUUCGAAGCCAUUGUGAUCUCACGCUGCUGCCUGAGACUGGUGCGUUACAUAGGUUCAAUUUCUACAACUAUUGCGUGCUUUUUUGCAUUUUUAAGUCGCAUCGGCCCUAGACGCACCACCUCACUGAGGAAUUGCCAGGAACAAGUCCCACCCUGGGGCCCCACCCAAACCUAAGUAAAUGCGCCGCUUGUUAUGGUGGAUGUCCAGUCCUCCUGAACAGACGCGCUCUGAGUCGCUGCUGACGUCACAGCGCCUCUGGACCGAGCCGGCGCCAGGUUCAAGAGGAACACACGGACGGUCCCAGGCUGGAGAAAGGUCUACUUUACUCAGGGAUGUCCCCACCCCCCUGAAGAGGAAUCUGGCGCCCCAGUGUGAGAUAAGAGAUGAAUGAGAGACGCUCCAGCCCCUUCCUCUUCAAAAGGAGCCCCAUGCCCUCCCCCAGAGCCGGGGCCCCCCGUACCCCCAGAGCCGGGGCCCCCCGUACCUCCGGCUCCGGGGCCCCGGCGCCGGCCGGUCCCGCCGGGCCGGACGCGGACGACGUGACCCUCGCCCUGUCCGGGUUCUCCGAUCUGUUUGAGGGGACGGAGCCGGGGGAGGGCGGGGCCCCGGGGGCCCCGGGCGGCGGGGGCCCCGACGCCAGCCGGGACCUCCUGGUGGUCCCCAGCGGGCCGGCGGUGGGCGACGGCAGACAGAACCUGCGCAGCAAGUUCCACGACGCCUUCAAGAAGGGCAUCAGCACCCCCAUGGACCUGCUGGAGUCCUACGAGGCCUCGGUGCCGGGGCCCAAGAAGGCCCCCAUGGACUCCCUGUUCCAGUACGGGACCGUGCGGCAGGAGAGCGGCCAGAAGAGACGCAGGAAGAGGCUGCUCAGGGGGAAGCCAGAGACCUCCUGCGACGAGGACCCCGGGGCCGACCCCCCCAAGGUGCUGAAGGUGUUCGACCGCUCCCUGCUGUUCGACUGCGUGUCCCGGGCCGACUCCGGGGCCCUCGAGGGCCUCCUGGGGUACCUGCAGGCGCACAGAAAGACCCUCACCGAGGAGGAGUUCAAAGAGCGGUCGACCGGUAAGACGUGCCUGAUCAAGGCCCUGCUGAACCUGUACGGGGGUCAGAACCCCACCAUCCCCCUGCUGCUGCACGCGGCCGAGCAGACGGGCACCCUGAGGGAGUUCAUCAACACCCCCUUCAGAGACGUCUACUACAGAGGCCAGACGGCGCUCCACAUUGCCAUCGAGCGGCGCUGCCGUCCGUACGUGGAGCUGCUCCUGGAGCGCGGCGCUGACGUCCACGCCCAGGCCCGCGGACGCUUCUUCCAGCCCCGCGACGAGGGGGGGUACUUCUACUUUGGCGAGCUGCCGCUGUCGCUGGCGGCGUGCACCAACCAGCCCGACAUGGUGCACUACCUGACCAGCAACCCCCACAAGGCGGCCGACCUGCGGCGCCAGGACUCCCGCGGCAACACGGCGCUGCACGCGCUGGUGCACAUCGCCGACAACACGCGGGACAGCACGCGCUUCAUCACCAAGAUGUACGACCUGCUGCUGGUCAAGUGCGCCCGGCUGCACCCCGGGGCCAGCCUGGAGGCCACCCUCAACAACGACGCCAUGUCCCCCCUCAUGAUGGCCGCCCGGCUGGGCAAGAUCGGGAUCUUCCAGCACAUCAUCCGGCGGGAGGUGAAGGAGGAGGGCCUGAGGCAUCUCUCCCGUAAGUUCAAGGACUGGGCGUACGGGCCGGUGUACUCGUCCCUCUACGACCUGUCCUCCCUGGAGACCUGCGGAGAGGAGACCUCGGUGCUGGAGAUCCUGGUGUACACCAGCCGCAACGAGAACCGUCAUGAGAUGCUGGCCGUAGAGCCCAUCAACGAGCUGCUCCGGGCCAAGUGGACGCGGUUUGCCGCUGUGACCUUCUACAUCAGCGUGGUCUCCUACAUCCUCACCAUGGCAACCUUCACCCUGGUGGCCUUCUACCGCCCCACCCAGGGCACGGUGAGACCCCGCGCACCUACCAGCGCUAAACCCAUUACAAUACUCACACCACCCACCCAGGCCACGGUGAGCCCACAGAGAGACCUACUGCCCCAGCCGGGCUGUGAGCGCGGUGACCCCCCGACCGCCUCGUGUUUCUCCGGGCCCCCCGCUCCCCGGCGGCCGCGCGGGCCCCUGAGAGCCCCACAUUGUUCGGCGGGGCCGGGGCAGCGCGGCCGGGGCCCGGCCCGCGAGGGGCCCGUCUCCGGCCCCGCUCCGCGUGCUAUUGGAUGUCGGGGCCCCUAA